AGCGUUCUAAUUCAGAGGCGUGACAACACGUGCGUGUAACGCCCCCUCCCACCCCCGACACACACUAUUAAUUGAGAGUCACAUAUAGAGAGCAACUACGUGGUGGUGCACGCCUUUAGUCCCAGCACACGGGAGGCAGAGAUAGGAUCGCCGUGGGUUCAAGACCACCCUGAGACUACCUAGUGAAUUCCAGCAGGUGGCGUAGCACUGGGCGGCACUAUGACUGCUGGUCAACAGGAAGGAGGCUGCCAGCUCAAUCCACUGACGACAGCUUCAAAAGCUGAAAACAGACCUGCUCAGACGGCAGCUGCUAACAUCUGGGGAGCGGUUGCAGGUUACAGAGCACCCUUUCAGGUGGAGAAUGAGCAUCACAGACGUGCUCAGUGCUGAUGACAUCGCGGCUGCCCUUCAGGAAUGCCAGGACCCAGAUACUUUCGAACCCCAGAAAUUCUUCCAGACAUCAGGCCUUGCCAAGAUGUCGGCCAGUCAGGUGAAGGACGUCUUCCGGUUCUUAGACAAUGACCAGAGUGGAUACCUCGAUGAAGAAGAGCUUAAGUUCUUCCUCCAGAAGUUUGAGAGUGGUGCACGAGAAUUGACCGAAUCAGAAACCAAGUCCUUGAUGGCCGCGGCCGACAGUGAUGGAGACGGGAAGAUCGGCGCUGAUGAAUUCCAGGAAAUGGUGCAUUCUUAAAGCCUAAGUCUGUGGAGAAAAGAGAGGAAAGGCCAUUCAGCCGGAAGGUCUUCAAAGCCCUGGGAAUGGGAAGCCUCCCUCCCCCCCAAAAAAAACUAAUUUAUUAACCCCCCUUGAAAUGCUUCUGCAAGUGCUCCUUGUUCAAGUGAGAA